AUGAAUCAAUGCAUUCGACGCCUGCUCUCAAACUCGUUUAAACCAUGGUCUAACCGACGCGCCGUGUCCACGAUAGCUGCGACAGUGGAGGAGGAAGAAAAGUGGUUAGAGUUGGAAAGGAAGAAAUUACACCGCAAAUACAGCUUAAGGAUCCCGCCCCCCGCUAGAGUCGGUACUAGCUUUCUGCCUGCGUUUCCCCUCCCUCCCAGACGACCCGUCCGUGGUGUAGACAAAACGACGUUGGACGAACUCUAUGAAACGUUGGCAUUUCUUCUUCGAAACCAUGCUGCCAGAGAUUAUGGAUUAUCCACGAGGCCGGAUGGUUAUUUAUCAGUAUCCAAAUUGUUGAACUACCCGAUAUUCCGUGGUGUAGACUUCUUCAAGCUUCACGACCUUGCGAACCGGGGGAGAAAAUAUCACAUACAUAUUAUAUAUGACCCCACAAAGAUAGAUGGCCCAUGGUGGAUACGUUGUCAGAAAUUUCAGGAGGAACAUUUUGUGUAUCGGCCAGCUCUUCUCUCAAACGCCAAUGGGGUCGCUGUGUAUAGAACCUCCCUUCAACUUUGGGACUCCUAUAUAUCGCGUACCGGGAUAGCAAGGCAUAAUGACGAAUGGAUCCGUCUGGAUCCCUACGUACCGAACAAAAGCUAUAUAGACAGUCUCGAAGACGAGGACGAAGUCUUCAUUUUCCUCGAUAUCCACGACUGUCUUUUGCAUGGCCUUCGGUUUUUCUACGAACUGCACACUUCCCAGAAACGAAACGCCACUACACCGCUAAUGACCAAAGGCGAUCUCUUUGGUAACAUUCCUCCUUCCAUGUUCUCGCGUGUGCUGUUCGUUCAGGCCACGAAGAAACAUGCUUGGGGAUUAGACCCAUUGGCUGCACAGAAAUCAUGGACGGUUGAGCCUGACGAUCUCGACGAGUACGGUAUGCGUAAAACAUUCCUCCCUGCUCCACCUAGGCCUUUGCACGCCUUUGUCGAUUUCCGUGGCGCGGUCAGGCCACCACAUCCUGAAACCAUCCAGGAGGCUACGAGUGCUGUUAAUACUACUUGA